AGUGAGCCACAUGGGCUCCGUAAUUGCUCAACGUGACACCUCCAUCAUCGAGCGUCCAUCAUCCCGUCCCAGCCACUCUUUUGACGCGCGUAUCUGGCCUGGAGCUGCUUCAUAUUCGCCUUUGCUCUUUCGCGUCGAUUUGAUAGACCGCACCGUCUCCGUCGACUCCGGACGCAGCUUCCAGCUCCGCCGCCUCCGACCUUUCCUCCAAGACCUGCUUCGUCAUUGCCUCUCUGUCACCCGAUGCAUCCGCCGCAAUUGUCGGCCUUGGCCCUCUCCGUGCUCCUGGCGCCGCUGCCGGGGUGGGCGAUGCUGGACUGCAAAAACAUUCGCGUCGAUGGCCAUAGCUUCGACCUGAGCAAGCUCGACGGCCCACACUCGGUCGUCACGACGUCGUAUGACUCGAGCGCCGACACGCACCGCAACACGACGUAUACGCUGGACGUGUGCAAGCCGCUGAAGAAGAGCGGUGAUAAGGAGAAGCAGAAGGCGGAGUGCCCCAACAACACCAGAGUGUGCGCGAUCCAGCACCUACUACAGGGCAAGACGGACGUCGUGGAAAAAGUCGUGGCCAUCGCGGGCGCGCUGGAAAACCUUGGCGGGUCGCAGUUCGAGUACGAGGCGACGAGGCUGAAGACGAGCGACUCCAACAGCGAUUCCGAGAAGGAGGGACUGCGGCUCGUGCUCAAGGGCGGCAAGUUUCCGCUCGACGGCAAGGUCAAAGACCGGCGCGAGCAAAAGGCCAUUAUCGAGUUCCUGUGCGACAAGGAAAAGGAGGGCAACGAGGGCGAGUGGGGGUCAGAGGACAAGUACGAGGGCAGCAAGACGCUGCGACGGGCUGACGACAAGAAGGAGGAUGGAGAAGACGGCGACAAGGACGACGGCAAGGAAAAGUCGUCGUCGGAGCACCAGCUCAAAAAGGACAACGCCGCGCUGCUCUGGAAGAGUUACGGCCCGGAAAAGGACGCCGAUGUGCUGCGGCUCGAGUGGCACACCAAGCACGCGUGCGAGACGCGGGACGGCAGCGGCGGGGACGAAGACGGCAAUUCCAGCACGCACUGGGGCUUCUUCACCUGGUUUGUCAUCAUCGUCUUUCUGGGCAUCGCGGCCUACUUGAUCUUCGGGUCGUGGCUCAACUACAACCGAUACGGAGCCCGGGGGUGGGACUUGGUCCCGCACGGCGACACGCUGCGCGACGUCCCGUAUCUGCUCAAGGACUGGACGAGGCGGGUGCUGAACACGGUGCAGGGCACGGGGAGCCGGGGCGGAUACAGCGCGGUCUAGGCGGCCGGCCAGGGCUGAGGAGAAAGGGCUUGAUUUCACCUAUUGAGGAUGGUACCUGACGAAGCUAUAGAGAUGGAUUCGAGGCGAGGCUCCUGUUUCAGUGACCGAUCGGUCGGGACACCGCACAAUGCGCGGCGGGCAUAUGACGAUUCGGUGAGUAUUCUGUGGCAGCUGGCGAUGGUCCGCGUCUUGGUCCUGUGAGGUGUAUACUGUACACAUAUGUGGGUUGCAGCAAUACGGCAUGCUCCCUUUUCUGUUUUCGAGGCAGAGAUUGCCAUUUCUUUUCCGGAGCGCCUCCGAUGUCUGGGGUGUGAUUCACGAGCGCUGUUGGUUGUGAUUCAUAGUGUAAAUGGGGGCCGACGGAGCCCAGAGGGCGUGGAUGCGUGGAGACGGACCGCCGAGGACAUGGGCCGAGCCCGCUGCUGCUCUUCUGGGGCGUCACGCUCAUACUACCUACCUACAACGUACUUUGUACGUUACUCGGGAACACCAGCUUACCUAUCGGUAUUUGUACGUAAGGGGCCAGUAUACCAGUACGGUAUAGGUAGUAUACCUAAGUUAUAGUAGCGGUACCUUGGCGGCAAUAUGCGCGGAUUUAUCGGCCGUCUUGGUGAGCCUUUAUUUCAG